AUGCCUCCAGAACCUAAGAUGCCACCGCAAAAAACUGUAUCCUUCAAGCUUCAAGUGAAGAAUGAUGCAUCGCCUUUCAAUCGUGCUCUUGAGGAGUACAUCAAGCGAAGGGGAAAGAAGAGCAGGACCCCUCAAUUGAUCGCCGAUAUGCAAAGUUCACCCAAGCCCCCUUCCAAGCAAGAUGUAAACAACGCUUUGAAGCAGCUCGAAAAAGAGACCACAGAUUCUGCGGUAACGCGGAACAUUAGGAAAGUGUUAAGGCCGGUGAUUACGGUUCUUGCUGACUAUUCGGGUGUGGUUGACACUAUGAGUAAUGCGGAUCCUAUGCCGACAGCAAUCAUUUGGGGGUGCAUGAAGAUCGUCAUCGAUACUUCCAAACGAUAUCUGAAUUUAUAUGAUGAUAUCAAGAACCAACUCGAAGACAUUACUCUUCAGCUCAAUGUGCUCACGGAGUUUGAGGAACUAUUUGGAGACUCAAAGACCAUGCAAGAACUACUUCAAAUGACAUAUAUUGAUGUGAUCAGGUUUUGGGUUCGAGUGGACAAAGAAUGUCGUCGAUGCGUUGCCAAUAGAAUGGGCAGAGCAUUGUCUUCAUUCAGUACCUCAAAACUAGAUGUAAUUAUCAAGGACAUCGAAAAAAAUGCUGAUCGGGUCAGUAAAUUAGUUCCUGUUGUACAAGAACGUGUUCAAAAAGGUGAGCGGGAGGAUGCAGCAGAAGAGAGACGUUUGGCAGGUAUCGCUCGAGACCAACAAAGUGCAUUCAUCGAGCAACAACUAGAAGAGAUGAAGCUGAGAGCCAUUGCAAGGAAAAGUGGGCGUCAAAAAGACGUGAGAAAUUGGUUACGAGGUCAUUCAACUCUCAAUGAAAGCAAUUUCCGCCGUCAAGAACAGUAUUUGAAGAAACGAAGCCCUGACACAUGCUCUUGGCUCUUUUCUCAUGAUGAGUUUAAAAAUUGGAAGAAGCCAGAUUCAAAGAGUCCUGUGCUUUGGGUUAGGGCGGUGCCUGGAGCAGGAAAAUCUGUUCUAACCGCCUUUACACAAAGCACAUUUCAGACCAAUUUAUCUUUGUGCUCCCUACAUCAGUAUUAUUCAUUCGAUGAAAUAUUCUCAUCUCUUCAAGUCUAUUGCGCUGUAGCUGAGCAGCUCGCCAAUCGCUUAUGGACACAUCUCGAAGACAUGCCUGAAGACAUCCAUGCUUUCACACAGCAAACGAGUACUGCUUUUAUGAUCGGAGACGUGAAAACCUUUAUUCGCAUGAGUUUAAGUCGUCUCCCUCCAUCUUAUCUAUUUCUCGACGGUCUGGAUGAGGAAUGCGACUCUGGUCCUCGAUGGGAAGCUUUGUCGGAUGCUUUGAGUUUUUUCAUCGAGCUUACGCGUGAUAAGUCCUAUCAGUUCAAGCUAUGGUGCAGUAGUCAGGAUCGGACCGAUCUUAAGAAGCUUUUGAAAGACUGUGCAGUAAUCGAGGUUACUAAGGACAUAAACAGUGCUGAUAUCGAGCUUUAUCUGUCGAAGUCGAUCUUGAAGCUUGAUAGUCUAGAUCUUGAUGAAGGAUAUCAAAAUCUAAUACUACAGGACCUUCGCCAGAAAGCAGAUGGAUGCUUCUUAUGGGCAUCGCUUAUGUUAGACUCUGUUUCUAGUGCGGUGACGCUGUCCGCUGUGCAAUAUCAAGUUCAAGAGGGCUUACCCAAAGACUAUGAGAACUACUACCAGAAUAAAAUAGACAAAAUCGAGGCAUCACAAAAAUCCUUUGUUUCCAAAAUCCUAGCAUGUAUUGUAUAUGCACGACGACCGCUACGAUUGGACGAGCUAUGCGAAUCGAUUGCGAUUCUUGAUGCGUCCGAUUGCGACAAUGUUGAUAAGUCACAGAAAUUAUUUCGGAGCAUGGCUUUGAAGUUGUGUGAGCCUCUAGUCCAAAUCGAGGACGUUGAUACCGCACAUGGCAAAAUCUCAACAUGUACUCUCACUCACGGUUCUGUUCGACAGUUCCUCGUGAAACACCCUCAAUGUCUGAGCAGAUCAGAGAUAUUAGCAUGUGAGAUUACAGAGGAAGUCAUGGCUAACGUUUGUCUGAAAUAUCUCUGGCAAUCACGUUACCAGCGGCUAUUAAUCCAAUCCAAGGACACCUUCGAGGAUUACACAGGCGAAGACGUGAUGGAACACCAUUUGCUCUCUUAUGCUGCGAAGUAUUGGGACAAGCAUCUUGACGGAGUUACAUAUACUUCUGAAAUAUGCUCGAGAGUACAGAGCUUCAUCACUUCACCACAGUUCUUCACAUGCCUACAGGUUCAAAGUUUGUUCAUUGGAGGACAAUUUCAAUUCUGGCUCGAAUCCAACAGAACCUGGACAGGGCCGCAUUUAAGACGUGUAUUCCCAGCCUGGCUUUCUAGUAAUUGUGACAAGAAGCUGGAAAUCAAGUACAGCAAUUUUGUUGGUGAAUGGAAUCAUGUUCUGGAUAGAGUUACGAAUUUGGGAGGCAAGUACCCCGGUGAAAUUGAUCGGGUCUUUUGGGCUUCUAUGGGCCCUAAGAACUUCUUGCAACGUGGUCAAAGUCGUUACAAAAACUUCAUAUUUCAGACUACAAAUGAAGAGCCGGAUUUGGAAAUACCUUCUCGAUACUAUGACGGGAUUGAUCCCGCGGGUCAAAAUAUGGUGGUAUUGAAGAUAGAGAAUUUGGAGGGCAGUUCCGAAGAGCUUGAAUUUAUUUGUCAACAGUGGACACUUGGUACUCAUCGUCCUAAGCUUACAGUAUCGCAAAAGCUCAAUGCAUCUCGCAUGAACUGGUGUCUGUACGAUCAUCCAGUCAGCCAAAGGGCUCUUGGGCGCCCUAUUCCAGUUUCUCUUACACCUGAUCUUCAGUACCUGCGAAUUGGCUCACAACUAUUCGCUAAACAAAAUGGCGAAUAUACAUCUAUCAAUAUUUUCGAAAAAGAACUAUAUUUCGAAGAUAUGGCCAACUCUGGACCAUAUAUCGCCAUAGCUUCAAGACAAAAUUUAUCGCAUGAGAAUCUUCUUGACAUACAGCCAACAGACGAUCUCAUACUUGAUUAUGGAGAAUAUAUAACCCAGAAAAUAAUUCAACAGCUAGCCAAAGGCAAGGAACAAGCUGCGACUAAGGCCUCAACGUCUCCAACUACCACUAUCGAAAAAUCGCAAUCGAGUCAGUCUAGCUCUUCGUCGAGCAACAGUUCUGUUUUAUCACUUGUAAUCGAAGAUGCCAUCGAUACUGGUAAACAUAAAUAUGAGAAUAUCACUAUUGAAGAGUUUGAUGACCUAGUGGACGCGUCUGAUAUCAGUUCCGAUGAUAAUUCAGCAGAGACGGAUUGGAGUGAAGGGUCAACAUUAGGUGAUUCGGAUGAAUUAGACGACGAUGAUCAAUGGAACGAUUGGGCUAAUGAGCGAUUCAAUAUUGAAGAUCUCAAUGAAAAUUUUGAUGGUUCCGAUGAUCAAAGAUCGGACGAUGGUGACGAUUUGGGCUCUGAUAUUCCAGACGUUCCAGAUUACGAUGAUCUCUCGGAUGAACUGAAUGAAUCAGGAAACGAAGAGGAAAUGGGGGGUAUCGGUAAAGAUUCUGAUAUCGAGAUGAUCUUAUCCGGAGCACCGGGGUACGUUUUAAAACGUGCUCGUUUGGAAACGGACCCCGAAGAUGCAGACUCGUCUGUAGCUAGUCAUUAUUCACAAAGUCUCUAUAGUGGUUCGGAGAGCGGUGAUAGCCAGAGCGAUGAAAAUAUCGUGGAUAAUGAAGAGGCACAUAAACUAGAAAUCCUCUACCUUGGGAACAAAAACCUGGGAAAAGAUGCGCCUCGCGUUUCAAUACAAAUAUUUGACACUACGACGCAAGAAAAACCGCCAAUUUUCCACUUUUCGCAACGUGUAUCUGGCGGGAUAUUCCACUCCCCUCCCACCUUUCACCCAACAAUACCACUUCUGGUCUGGCCCUUAGGGGAUGGCAAAAUAUUGUUCGCAAAUUACUUAACCAAUACAUACUUUACCCGAGAACUCUGCUGUUCUACAUAUCACUCCUGUCACAUUUUCGUCAAGACUAGAUUCUCCUCCUGUGGUGAAUUCAUUCAUUUUGCGGCCCUCGAAGGCUGUCUCGUUGAAAGCGAACCUAAAAUGCAUCUUAGUCUCCAAGUUUCAACCCACCAUUUGUCCUCCCGCAAAACGGCUAGAAGUCCUCCUCGAUUGUUAUUCAAGAUAAAUGUACCACUGGGAGAAAGCUCUUCCAUGAGCGUCAGUCGACUACCGUAUACUCUAACGUGGACGGAUAGAGAACUAUUCUUUGUUACACGAGGAGAAGAGUUGAGUGUUAUGAGGAUCCCAUUAUUUAAAGGCGCGGAUGAUAACACAGCUCCCGUGUGCUACACUCAAAAUCCAAUAUAUCUUCCCCGAUCAGCAGAAUCGAGAAAUGUGUAUUAUUUUCCUCCCUCAAAAUCUAAGAAGGAGAAAGACAAUGCGAAAGGAAAAGAAGAAGUCGGGAAAAUUAUCAUCGGAUCACAUUCUUCAAUUCCAUCUCAAGGAUUGAUAGUCCCAAGAAGAAGUAUGGUACAACCUCCUAUCGGUGUAUUGGUGAAGGAAAGCACUGAUCUUGGGGGAUGGAAAUGUAAAAGUAUGAAUAUGGAGACGGAUGGGAAUGGAAAGAAGGAGAGGAUUAAUGUGCAAGGUGGGAGAUUGCAGGGGAAAUUUGAGAGUUUCGAUUUGAAGGAGGAUUGUGAUAUAAUUCCUUAUUUGUUUUAG